AUUUCAGACAUUUUAAAGUGCUUUGCUGGUAUGUUGGCCCGUUCUUACCCCAUACAUUCCUUCUGAUGGAGCUGGUGUAACUGUGUCAGGUGGCAGCACCCCGCUGAUUUGGAGACUGUCAUGUAGAAGAAGAGGAAGUGGGCGCUAACAUAGCAACACCGCCACUUUUGAGCUCUUUAUCCACCGUUAUAAACACACCGCAGAGGUUGUAAACAAACCAGCUUAGACACAACUCUAGAGCCACAUCUUUCCGGAAGAGCCUUCAGGCAUAUACUAAGGUCAAAGAUGGUUCAAGGUAAUUCUCAGAUUCGACGGCAGGGUGCUCAUGACUUCCUGGCAUACUAUGAGUUUUGCUGUGCAAGGCAGGAUUCAGUCCCUCUCCCUGCUGUUAAGAUAAACUUGGACAAGGGAAUGCUUGACUUUAACGGAGACAGGGUCAAAUUAACAGACUGGCCACCUAUUCUCCACUCUAUAUCUAUCAAUAAGCACCUGCACCACAUUGCAAUAAGCAGCACAUAUCAGGGACGUCUAGCUUCUGCAGAUUCAGAUAAAAGGUACUCUAAGUCCACCUUCAGGAGGAAGAUCCCAGCCAUUCGCUCCAAGGACCUGACAUUUAAACUGUGCAAGGCACUGAGAGAGUGUCUCACUGUCUCUCCCAUCCUCAAGACUCUGCAUCUUAGCGGACUUCCAUUGAGAGAACGAGAUCUUAUCACUUUAACAAAGGGUUUGGCAAAGAGCGCUUCCUUGGAAAAUUGUUUUCUGACUAACUGUCCCAUCUCUGACGAGGGCCUAGAGGUCAUUUGCCAAAGUGUGAAAUAUUCUGCAAGCAUCCGAUCGGUGGAUUUCACUGGAUGCAAUCUCACCUGGAGAGGAGCAGAGCACAUGGCUAACAUCAUUAAGCACCAGGCAAUGCAGAGACACGGUACUGCGUGGGCAGAGUCCCUGAGGUAUCGACUGCCGCAGUUUGAAGGAAUGAGCGGUCUUCGUCGCGUUACCUUAAACUGUAACACUUUGAUUGGGGAUCGGGGUGCUGCUGCUCUUGCACACGAGCUGUCUGAGGACCUCUGGGUUAAAGCGGUGGAUCUACAGAGGUGUGGUCUGUCCAACAAAGGAGCUCGUCAUUUGUUAGAAGCUUUGAAAACAAAUUCCUCUCUCUGUGUGUUGGAUAUCCGCGGUAAUCCUUUAGUUGACAAAGUUUUAAUUAAAACUGUUAUCGAGAAAGUACUCAUGAACGCCGAGGGAAAGUCACCUGAGUACUGCUGGAUAAAACCAACAACCACCGAGUCAAACACAGCGUCCGGGCCAAAAAGAGGAGCCAUACCCUUUACAGUAAGACGAAGAUCAACAUAUAGGAAAGGCCCUCAUAAAGGAACAUCUCCUAAAGGACAGAGUUCAGGUGUUGCUCAAACCAAGAAGCCCUUUUCUCGCUCCUGUUUUAUUCCUUGGCGUGCUGCUGAAAGAGCUGGACGCCAAAGAGGUCUUCCUCCUGGUGUUACCGUUGUUGACAGGAGCUUUCAGGGUGCUACGACGGUCAAAGUUACUGUGGAGUCAAACUCGGAGGCAGAGGAGGACUGUGAGGAUGAAGAUGAAGAAGAGGCGGUGAAAGUGGAGCAGACAUCGUCUUCUCUUGGACUUAUGGACAGAAUACCUGGGCGACAAUUUGAUCGUAUCCAGAUGGAGCUGAAAGAGUGUCGUCUAAGGCUGGCAGAAGAGUGCAGGGCUCGACUAAAAGCAGAGUCAAGGCUCAUGGAGUAUGAGUUGGAGAAUGCCAGACUUCGCGAUGCCAACCGUUCGUUGUCUGAAGCUCUUGUGGCUACAGGCUCUGGAUCAGCACUUCGUACUCUCAGCGCUCUUGAAGACGAGGCAGUCCUCGAGAGCAUCGAGAACUCAUUUAAUAAGUUCCACGCCUUCCUGGAUCUCCUCAAGGAUGCUGGCCUAGGUCAGCUGGCAUCAGUUGCUGGGAUUAACACAUCAGAUUUCCAGCCUCUUGGAAAACCUCAGCUCUCCUCUACAAUGGGACCACAGUUAGAAGGUGCAGCCUCAAUGACUUUAGGGGAGUUCAGGGAUGUUCAUGCAGAGGCUGAUAACGUUUCUUUGGCAGGUAAAUUGGUACCUUCCUUUCCUGGUGGAACAGCCUUUACUCACUCUUGCCUGUCUCCUUCCUUGCAUAAAGACAGAUUAGUAGAUGUGACCUUUAAUCACCAUGGAUUAGAGCCAGCAGACCCAGCAGUGGCUGCAGAGGAGGAACCACAUCAAUAUUGUCAGCCUGAUAUGCAGCCUGACUCAGGCUCUGAGCACAGUUUUCGCAGCCAAAAGUCAUUUGAUCAGUUUUCCAUUAGGAAAACCCUCCAAACUCAGCCAAGCAGACAGAGGAUAGAGACCAGCUCUAACAGAAGCAACAGUUACCACGGAAACGACUUCAGCAACAACUCCAUGUAUAGUCGAGCCUCUCAGAACAAGGGGACCCACAGUGGCUCCAACGAGAGUGUCAGUGAGAUUAUAAGUGAUAAGGUGGGGUCAGUGGGGUCAUGGAGUAGUGGGAAGGACAGCCCGAUGGUUGGUCAACCAAGGUCAGAAGGGUCGGAGAGAAGAGCUUACCCUGGGAGGAGAGCUCUGAGACAAAUCGGGUCUCUAAGAGUUCAGUCAGAUGAUGAAUCCUUUUGAUGCGACAUGAACAAACUUUUAAACCUGCUUUUCUAUUGUUUUCUGUAAUUAUUGACGCAUUAAUAACCAAGAGGCUUUUUUUGUAAGACACAAUAUCAGGAUGGGUUUUUUUUUUUUUAAGAGACAGAAGUAUGCUGGAGAAGUAAUGGCUCUUGCUUUUUAGUGUAUGUUUAGACAUAGUUAGUAAAGUAAGAUAAGAUCACUGGGCUUGUAAAUCAACACUGCCUCAGUCAAUUCUUUGGUCAUGUCUGCAGUGUUCCAGGUUAAUGUUGAAGCAGCCUAAGAUUAUACAGCAGUGAGAUCAAAUACUCUCCUGGUUUAUUUUCUUUGUUGCUCAGAUUACUUUUGCUUCUUGGAAUUACAUAAUGCAGUUGAACCUGUUUGAAAUGUCUGCUUGGUUAUUGUGAUAUGUAUAUCUUUUUUGUAUAAUAUAAACAUUUUUGGGUAA